AUGACAGCUACCACUCUUCCUGCAUUCAACACGCUCGUUGCUGAGUCUAUCUCGCAACACAGUCAGAUUCCACCUGAGCAAAUCAUCGUCCUCGACAACUCAGACAAAUACUGCCCGGACGGUAUCAAGACCGACCAAUCUCAAGACGAAGAAGGCGAAAGCCUAGCCGCCAUUUUCGGCACCAUGGCCAGUCUCAACAAGGGUGCUCUCCUGGACAAGAACCUCUGCACUGGCAACGGCGGCCACUCCUUCCGCUCCGCCCUCCUGAGCGCAACAGACGAGCUCGCCAACCUCGCCCAAGGCCGCAAAGUUCGUUAUGUCGAGCUCGGCCCAGAGCCAUUCAAAUCAAGCGUCAUCAUCACCCACCUCAUCAGCUCGGGCGUUCAACUCUCCCAGUACGUCGGCAUCGACAUCAACCCCGAGUCCGAACUCACCAUGCGUGCUGCCCUCGAGCCCAUCAUCGGCCCCGAUCGGUUUGCCUACCUCGUGGCCGACUUUUACAAGACCUCGGCCGACGACCUCCCACCUCUCCCCGGCUCUGACAAGGAAGGCGAGACCAUCACAGUCAUGACCAACCUCGGCUUUCAAGAAGGCAACGACCUACCCUCCCGUCUCGGGCCCAUGCUCUCCCGCCUGACGCGUCCAGGCGACCUCUUGCUGUCAGAAAUGCAAGUCUUGCCAUCCUCCGCCCCAUCAUCAGACGCCUCCGACAGCGAAAGCGACAGCGACGUCAGCACCACCAGCAUAACCGACUCCAAGCUAGUCGAGGAAUUCUACCACCAUCCCGAGAUGCUCAAGUUUUCCUCCCUUGUCGGCAAGAAAUUUGAUCGGAACUUUGAUCUCUCCCCCCAAUCAAGUCCCAACUCCAGCUCGGAGGAUGUUGGUGGUGGUGGGGCAAGCAGCAAUGAUUACGAGUACAUUUUCCGGCUCGUCCCGCUUCAACUCUCGAAUGUGGGAGAGGUGGCUGUUGCGACAACGUUGGUGUCGCUGCCGAUUCCGGGGGGGAAGGGGAAGAAUUAUGUGCUGACGAAUAGCUGCAUCAAGUACACGAGGGAGCAGUUUGCCAGGGCGAGGGAGACGCAGGGGAAGUUUGGAGUCAAGGGGUGGAGGGAGACGGGUGACGGGUCGGUUGUUUUUCAGAUUGCGGAGAGACGUUAUUGA